CGAAAACAUUGCAUUGCACAAGUUCCAAAAAUGAGAAUGUAUGUAUGAAUUUGGGUGUGACCAAUAAUUUAAUAUUUUUUAUGAAAGAUGCUAUAACCAGAUGUUAGUCAACAGCAUUUUUACUAAAAUAAACAUGAUUUAACAAUUUUCUUAAUCGCCUAAUAGUGGUAAGCUAACAUAUGAAAAUUAAUACAUGCAGCUAUGCCAUCGCUUAGAAAACGGGUUUCUAGCUAUUUUAGACAAUUAAGUUUCCAUAAUGAACCUAGAAAAAGGCAUAACAUCAAUGAAAACACGUUUAUAACGAAAUAUUUGCAAGGCCAUAUCAGCGUGAAGGAAGGUCCGCCGAUUAUAUAUGGGAAAAAUCCGACAGAUUUGCCUAAUUAUGAGUUAGGUAUUUACAGUAAUGGGCCCAACACAGUCAUUGGGUGCUACUCGGGUCCCAAUGGAGGCCUAACAACUGUUAAGAGGAUAGAAAAACAUUUGUCAGUGUUGGCAGAUGACAUAGAUUAUAUAGAUACACCAGAGGAAGAAACAGAUAGCGACGAUGUUUCCAGCACCACAGACAAUUUUUCCUUACAAAACGACGACUCAGCUCUUCCACAAGAGUGGUGUAGAAAAUCUGAAUGCGUUUACGGUCUGUCCGAUUCUCUUUAUGACAGAAAUCAAGUAACGAAGAAUAAAAAUGGCGAUCCCAUAGCGGAUUGUUUUGGAAUUAUCGCGAGGAGCGAUUCUGCGAUUUUGGCGGUAGCAGACGGCGUCAAUUGGGGAGAAAAGGCUAGCAUAGCAGCCAAAUCAGCUGUACACGGCAGUCUGCACUACCUCAACAAGACAAUAUUCAACGAUACCAAACCGUUCGAAAGUCUUACCAUAAAGACUGAUGAGAGCUCUACGUCGAGCACUAUUCUAGACGAAAAAGUUAAUCUUGUAGGUAGUACAAGGGAAGUUUUCGUGUGUCUUUUGAGAGCGUUUAAUUGUGCUCAUGAUCUCAUUUUAGAAAAUAAGGGUAUGUUGACGACGUUAACAGUGGCCGUGGUUUUGCCGCUUAGGCAGAAAUUGGAGAAAAGAGUGAGGCUGCCAAACGGUCAGGAGAGAGUAGAGACUGAGGCGCAAUAUGUUUGUUGUGUCUGUAACGUAGGUGAUACGUUGGCCUAUAUUUAUUCGAGAAAGUACGGAGUCAGAGAACUUACUAAAGGUUCCCACGAUAUCAACUCUAACAGAGACAUGCGAGACGCACUAGGAGCUCUAGGUCCUGUAGACGGUAUCAAUCCAGAACUUAGCAACCUCACGCUCUCUAUAACGACGUUGCAGAAAGGCGAUAUCGUGAUGGUGGCCAGCGACGGUCUUACCGACAAUUUUGACCCCAACGUCUGUAAAUUUACCGUGAAUACCAAAAACGAUCAACCUCCUGCGAGGAAAGCAAGUACGCGACAAAGACCUGUACAGUCUCAAAUGCCCGUAGAAAUUAAGGCUCCCGUAGUUAAACCUGUUAGAAAUUUAGAAAGCAGCGGGCAAAAGCCUCCGGUGAAGCCCCCUAGGAAAUCUAAGACUAGAGAUCUAACGGGCGCAAACUCGGCAGAGAAAUCUAGUAUAAACAGUAACACUGUUUCUGAUAAGUCUUCCUCCCCUUCUGUAGAGAACAUUUCGAUACAGAGCAAGAAUAAUACAGUAGUAGAACAUUCCAGUGUUAGUAGUUCAAAUGUACAAGAAGCAGAAGCAGCUAAUAAAGAUUAUAAUAGAGAGCUAACAAGUAAUGUAGUAGAGAGUAGUAAAAGUAAUAGCCUAAGUAGUAGAAAUCCCGAGUACGAAAAUCCGCUUAUAGCAGCUUUUAUGAGUCAAAAUUCCUUAGAUGGAUCGCCGAAAGUAGAAAAAAGUGUUAAGCCUCAACCUCACGCACCUGCGGUAGCAGAAAACAAAGCCAGUAGUUUAAGGCGCCAAGCUUCUAGUCACAGUCGAACCGAAACCUUCGAUUCCAACAGGAAACCGGUUACGCCCAAAACACCUUCUACCGCCAGUAAAACUUUGAAAACAGUGGAGGAGAAAAGCAGCACCGUUGGUAGGAUGGAAGCCGGGUAUAAAUUCUUGCGAUCGAAGACUACUAUAGAUAUGAGAAGUUCCAAUUCUAAGCCUAUAAUAAGAAACGAAGAUGGGGUUCCUUAUAUUACUCCUCUGCAGAGAUACGAUCUUCAGUUGUUGUUGAUGGAAGAUAUAUUGAAGAACGGCAUAUCAGGCAAAGAUGCUCCGUGCACCUCGGCCAGGAAACUAUGUGAAAACCUGAUCAGCUACACGAUGAGCAUAACAUCAGCCAAACGCCAUACUCUAGAAGAUCCAGAUCUUUACUUCGAUAACAAAAGCGGCGUGUUGGUCGAAGUCAAUAACCAAGAGAAAAAAAUCCGAAGGAAAAAAGGACUAGAGCGAGUGCAGAAUCUUCCUGGAAAACUGGAUCACGUAACUGUUGUGGCUUAUAACGUAGGAAAUAAUUUUGCUCACUAAAGUCCACCUAUGGAAAACUUCUAAGACUUCUUUUGUAGUACUAGCACAGUAUAUGUAACGAACAGUUCGUCUAUGACUAAGUGACGCAUAUGUAGCUGUUGCAAUGCUGUCAUUAUUAUCUAGGGGUGAGUUUAUUCUCAACCAUUCGUUACACAGUAACGAUUUAGUCCACCUCUAACUUUUUCGUUUCAACAUGGCGGUAAAUUAGUUCCCUUUACUUUCCAAAGGUGUCGCUAAGACAAACACUACCGUUUGUUGCGUAAAUUGUGGUACUAGACUAGUCUAACCUCAUUCGAAUUCUGAUAUAAUACCUCCGAUAAUAUAAUUAUCUUUUUACGCAGUACGCUAAUUCCAAAAACGAAGUAUUAUCUUGCAUUUUACAUAGAGGAAUUGCUAUCAUCAUUGAAGUAGAAAUAAUUGUAUAAGUUUUAUUUAUUUUAUAACUUUUUAAUGCUCUAGAGUACAACUGAACAAAAUUAACACAGUUACUGUUUAAUAGCUAAUACUAAAACUGAUUUGAACAGUUUGUUGUUCGGAAUGUCCAUUUAAUGUCAAUUUUGUCAAUUCGCCUUAUCCUGACCUUUUAAAUCUGAAACUUUUGAUUAAUUUUUGUGUACUAGUGCUUGGAUUUUAAGAAAAAAAGAAAUUUCAAAGUUUUUAAAUAUUUGUCAAGAAAUUGUAAGUUAAAUUUCAACUAUAGUUUAUUUUUUCUCUUAAAUCGUAAUAUAAUUGCCACUAUAAAUUGAUAUAUCUAUAUUCUACUUAUAUUCUUAAGUUCAUUACCAUAAAGUAUCGAUAAACAAGUAAAACAUGUUUGUAUUAAACUUGCAGAUGGAUUUACUAAUGUUCUGUUUCAACAUUAUUCCACAAACAUCAUCUCUAGCUGUUACAAGCUUUUUAUACAUUAUAUAAACCAAUAUGUCACCUGUUUUAUACCUGAUAUAUAUAUAUAUAUAUAUAUCGGAAAAAGGAGUACGACCGUCAAUCCAAUAUAUAUAUAAGGAUCACUCAGACGAGUGGUGGGUUCUUAUAUCGGUCUCUAGGUGGAGAAAUAAAAGACAAAGUUGAUAGGCUACUUUAUCUAUUUUG